AUGUUUGGAAUAUUAAACACGUUAAUCUCGCUUGUGUAUCCGGUGUUUGCUUCAACAAUUGCCGUUAUAAAUAGCAUCGAUGAGCCCAAUUUGCCUCCUCACAUAAAUGCCCUUCAACGGUGGCUGAUAUACUGGGUCAUCCUCGGGGGUGUAACAACUAUUGAAAGUGUAUUGCCUUUCAUUACAUAUCUUCCAGGAUAUUCCUUGUUGAAGGUUGUCUUUCACAUUUGGUUGAUCAUUCCAAUGGUGGUUGAAAGUGAUGACAGGAAAGCUUCUGGGGCACCCUGGCUCUUUUUUCAAUACGUCAAACCCUAUUUUGAAUCAAAUAAGGAAGCCAUUAAGAAGUUUGUGUCCAAUCCAUUCGAUCUUAAGACGGUUUUGAAAUUGAGUUCGCUUGCAAUGAGGGAAAACAAUGAUACAGAUACAACAACUGCUACUACAACUGGAUAUGGCUAUGCUAGUAUGUUGGAUGGCUCAAUAUAUAUGGUCAAGAAUAUCUUUACUAGAGAGGUGGUUACUGAAGAAGCACCCGACAACAAUACCGAGGAAUUUGACAUUGUUGAUAAACCCGAGGCAACCGAAGCUUAUCAGAAAAAGGGUUACUUCUGGUGA